GCUCACUGUCUUCCUUGUCAAACCAAUCUCAGCUGCUAGCACAACGGCAAGCUUCAUCGCAGUUUUUUAUUGCAAGCCAAACUUCUGCAUCUGCAGGACAAUCUGCCGGACAAUCGGUUUCUGUGCAACACAUCCUCAUCCCAAUUUCAACAGGCAAUGGAGCACAACAGUUCAUAAGUAUUCCUGAGUCUCUGGCAACAGGGGGCAACCAACAGAUCCAGCUGAUCACCACAAGCAAUGGAAGGCAGUUUUUAGCAGCAAAUCUGGCUAGUUUACAGUCUAUUAGCCAGUCUGCAGGUUCCAGUUUACAGACAAGCCAUGAUACCCACAGUACCUCAAGCCAGUCUCUGUCAGGUCAUGUGACCGCACUGCCACAGAUUUUAACAGCAGCUUCAGGGGGACAACUCUUGGCUGUCAGUCCUCAGAUAAUAGCAUCAUUAUUGAUGCCCACCAGCCAGUCAUCUUCCUCAAACAGCACAUCAAGUUCAUCGUCUCAUUCUGCCAGCCACCUGGAUGCAAUUACAGCCCAACAGGUCCUCCAGCACACCUUGUCUCAAGCCAUAGCUGUCAGUAAACUACAUGCAAACUCCAAACUGGCACAGCAGUGUCAUGUGUCCUCCUCCACCAAUGGUCUUCCAGCCAAUGUCUCACAGCUGUUGCCACACACAGUUGGUAAUUCUACAGAAAGCACAACAGUAGAUGGAAUCAAUUUAGAUGAGAUCAAAGAAUUUGCUCGCCAGUUCAAGAUCAGACGGUUGUCUCUCGGUUUAACUCAGACCCAAGUUGGGCAAGCUCUUAGCACAACAGAGGGUCCAGCAUACAGCCAGUCUGCAAUAUGCAGGUUUGAAAAAUUAGACAUCACUCCCAAGAGUGCACAGAAAAUCAAACCAGUUUUAGAAAGGUGGAUGGCUGAGGCCGAAGAACGAUAUAAAAAUGGGGUACAAAAUCUUACAGACUUUAUUGGUAGUGAACCGAGUAAAAAACGAAAGAGGCGGACAUCAUUCACACCACAAGCUCUUGAACUACUCAAUCACUACUUUGAGAGGAAUACACACCCAACAGGGACAGAAAUGACAGAAUUAUCAGAGCGGCUAAAUUAUGACCGGGAGGUGAUUCGAGUUUGGUUUUGCAACAAGAGGCAAGCUCUGAAGAAUACCAUAAAGAAGUUCAAGCAAGAUGAUCAGUAA